AUGGAUGUGAGCAGUCUGCUGCUGGAGAGGAAUAAAAGUGGGCUGACUUGUCUUCAGCUUCUCGCCAGAAUGCCCACUGCUUUUCGGAGCCACUACCCUCUGGGAUCCCUUGCCAAUCUCAUCUAUAACUCGCUUCCGGAUGAAAGAUACGAGAUUGAAGGUUACGAUAGCUUCGAGUUGCUUAGGCCUUCCUCAGACUUAGAAACUGGACAACAAAAUGAUGCCAAGCCACCAGCUUCAGUGUUCGUGGGGAUUGAUUCCCUCUGGAGAAGAAAGAAGCAUCAUCAGUUAGCAGAGCGUCUGGCCAAGUUUCUGGUUAAGCAUGAUUACUCGUGGCAGAUCUCUUACAAUCAUAUUAAGAAAACACUGGUCGUUUUGCCAUCUGUUGUUUACAACGUCGCAAAAAGGAAGAAACAAGUGGAACGCAAGGAAGAGAAGAGGCAAGAAAAACAGGAUCUUGAUGACGACGACGACGACGACCAAGAUCCAAACAAACAAGCAGAAAAGAAACACCAUUAUGAUAAUCACACUCCAUUGCUGGUUGCUGCGAGCAAUGGGAUUAUAGAAAUCGUUCAACUGUUCCUUGAAGAGCAUCCAGAGUCUGUAAAUCACGUAAGUGAAGAUGAACAAAACAUACUCCAUAUGGCCGUCAAGCAUCGUCAGUUAGAAAUCUUCAAACUUCUCAAGAAAAAUCCAUCUUUUGGCACAUUGGUCACUCGAAUAUCUAGGGAGAAUCGUACAGUUUUGCAUCAAGUUGCUAGAAUGGAUUAUUACAGAGCAGCUCGCCUUGCUGGCGCAGCUUUCCAACUUCAGGCAGAGCUAAAAUGGUACAAAAGAGUGGAAGAAGUUGUUCCCAGUCAUCUGCACUUGCAUUGUGACUAUAUGAGGCUUACAGCAGGGGAUGUUCUGGACAUAGAGCACGAUACUAUGCUUGCAGACGCACAAACAUGGAUCAAGCAAACCGCCGAGUCCUGCUCCACCGUAUCGGUGCUCGUGGCCACGGUUGUUUUUGCGGCGGCCUACACCAUCCCGGGAGGGAGUGAGGGCGGCACGCCGGUGUACCUCAGAUCGCCGGUGUUCAUUUUCUUCACCGUCAUGGACAUCGUGGCACUUGCCUUCUCCUUGGCUUCCGUGGUGAUGUUUCUUUUCAUCCCCACGUCGCCGUUUGAGCUCUGGGAUUUUAAGAGGUCUCUGCCACGUAAAUUGAAUAUAGGGUUCGCUUUUCUGUUUUGCUCGCUGACCACCACAAUGCUUGCUUUUAGUGCAACCAUUUUGCUGACUAUUAGGUUGCAAUGGAAGCAAUGGACUUCGACUUUGGUUUAUAGUGCUGCGUUCUUUCCUGUGACCAUAUUUGGAUUGAUCGAAUUCCCACUUUAUAUAAGAAGAUCAUGA